AUGUCAUACCUGAAAGUUAUGAUCAUAUGGAACAUACUAUGCAUAUCCCUGGUGGUUCUUUCACUGUCCUUGAUUCCAGAGGUGUCUUCUCAAGAUGUAUCGAGCUGUACAGGGAGAUGUGGGACAGGGUAUUCUAGAGAGCAUGACUGCCAGUGUGAUUUUAACUGUCACCACUACAUGGAGUGCUGCCCUGACUUCAGGAAAGUCUGCACAGUGGCCGCCUCCUGCGAGGGACGCUGCUUCGAGGCCUUCGAGAGGGGCCGUGAGUGCGACUGCGAUGCCGACUGCGAGCGGUACGGAAAAUGCUGCCCAGACUACGCCAAGUACUGUAAAGAGGGUAAGACACUUCUCCAUCUGUUUCUCAAAAACAUGUUUAAGCAGAGGUGCUGUACCAUGAACAAAACUGUGUGGGCUCUGCAUCCUCUGAACAAUUUUUUCUGUACAGUAAAGGCAAGUGUUCGAUGCAUAUCCAGAGCUCACUCACACACAGAAAAGCCAACCCCGGAGACUCCUCCAGACAACAAAUCUAAAAGGUCCUCCACAGAUGAGGAAGAGUCACCAGAGGAAGCUGUGGAAGAUCCUGAAAUCCCAGUGACCACUCCUGCCCCAACCACAGAACCUGCAGGGACAACCCCCGAGGCCACAGAGGAACCAGCAACCGAAGCUGAGCCUCCCACUCCAGACACAACAGAUGAUGUGACCCCUGAUGCCACAGAGGAGCCACUGACUGAAAUGGACCCAACCGACCUGCCCCCAACACAGGACCCAACCCCUGACGCAACUGAGGCGGCAGCAACCGACAAGGAAACAACUCCAGAGGAGCCAACAACUCCUCCACCAGAGGAACCAACAACACCCCCACCAGAGGAGACAACCCCAGAGGAACCAACAACCCCUCCACCAGAAGAGACAACCCCAGAGGAACCAACAACACCAGCACCAGAGGAAACAACUCCAGAGGAGCCAACAACACCAGCACCAGAGGAAACAACUCCAGAGGAGCCAACAACUCCUCCACCAGAGGAACCAACAACACCAGCACCAGAGGAGACAACAACCCCAGAAGAACCAACAACACCACCACCAGAGGAGACAACCCCAGAGGGGCUGACAACACCACCACCAGAGGACAAAACUCCAGAGGAGGCCACAACUCCUAAACCAGAAGAGACAACUCCAGAGGAACCAACAACACCAGCACCAGAGGAGACAACCCCCCCACCAGAGGAGCCGACAACACCAGCACCAGAAGAGACCACUCCAGAGGAACCAACAACACCCCCACCAGAAGAGACAACAACCCCAGACGAACCAACAACUCCUAAACCGGAAGAGACAACCCCAGAGGAACCAACAACACCACCACCAGAGGAGACAACCCCAGAAGAACCAACAACACCAACACCAGAAGAGACAACCCCAGAGGAACCAACAACACCAACACCAGAGGAGACAACAACCCCAGAGGAACCAACCACACCACCGCCAGAAGAAACAACCCCAGAGGAGCCAACAACUCCUAAACCAGAAGAGACAACCCCAGAGGAACCAACAACCCCCCCACCAGAAGAGACAACAACCCCAGAGGAACCAAAAGAGACGACCCCAGAGGAGCCCACAACUCCUAAACCAGAAGAGACAACCCCAGAGGAGCCAACAAUGGCAGACUCUCCCACUACCCCUAAACCUGAAGAAACAACUGCAGAAGAACCUACAACCAAGGCAGACUCUCCCACCACCCCUGAAGCAGAGGAUGCUGACUCCCCACCCACCCCUGCUGCCCCUGAGGCCACUAAAGUCACGGCUUCUCCGAGUAGUGCUGCACCCACAACAGUUGGGAAGGACUCCCCCACAACUGGGGCAGGGACAAUGCUUUCAGAUAUCACAAUGGAGAUCAAGGAGACAACAACACCAAAGAAAGACAGAACUACUCUGCUUAAAGACAUUUUCACAGCUGCAACUGGGAAAGACACAGUUACUGUAGCUAUGGUGACAACAGCUAAACCAGGUGAUUCUCCUAAAGGUAUGGAUGAUGUUCCAAAUGCAGCUCCUACGGCCAAGGAUCCUGUCACUGCAGCAACUGAAUCAGAAACAACUUCUACAGACACCAAGACUGCAACAACAGCAGCCACAGCUCCCUUGCCCAGUCACACUGUGCUGGUAACAACCAUCGAGGAAGAUUCAACUCCUCAGCCCAGUGAGGCUGUAACACCAAAAGAAAAAGAGACAGCUACAGACACUGAGCAGGCUGGGCCAGCAGCAGACAAAGAAAGCCCAAGUGCUGCUUGUGUUAUUGUGGAGAUGACAACAGCCAGUAAAAAAGAGGAAACAACCAUUAAAGAAAUGGGCACCACACCUGAAAAAGAAAUGGAAGAUGUCACUGAAAAGGCCCCUGGUACUGCCAAAGAAGAGGUAACUACAGUUACCAAAGAAACCACAACAAGGGACAAAAAGGACACAAUAGAAGAAAUGUAUCUUGUGUCUAAUGGGACAUCCAAGCCAACAAUACAUUUCCAGGAGGUCACUGAGGCUGCAGAAGAACCUCAUCCAACUGAACCUGAAACUCUGCCAGCAAAAGAAGAGCCCGAGAUAAACAAGCCUUUAAUACAAGUUGGGGACCUGCCAAUGUUCCCUGGAGAAACACCAGAGAGGAACGACGAGAAGGACCUGUGCAGCGGCAAGCCAGCGGACGGCAUGGUGGCCCUGCCCAAUGGCACCCUGGCCGUCUUCCGAGGUCACUAUUACUGGCUGCUGAACGGCCGGAGCCCGCCGACUACCAACCCGCGCCGGAUCACCGACGGCUGGGGCAUCCCCUCGCCCAUCGACUCCGUCUUCUCCAGGUGCAACUGCGAUGGAAAAACCUUCUUCAUCAAGGGUCCCCUGUACUGGCGCUUCACUAAUGGUGUUAUGGAUAAUGGCUAUCCCAAACCUCUCGCAACUGGAUUUGCAGGGCUAAGUGGGAGAAUAGUAGCAACCCUCCCUGUGGCAAGAUACAACACCAGACCAGAAUCUGUUUAUUUUAUCAAAAGAGAUGGGAACAUGCAGCAGUACGUGUACAGACAAGAGCCAGCCAAGAAGUGUCAAAGAAGACCCCAGGUCACCAUCAGAUACCCAGCCUUUGUCCCCAGAAUUGUCAUCCGGCGGCGCUUCCAGCGUGCGGUGCGAAUGCCGACCGUCAUCCGCACUGUCAGGAUCAACCCCCACCCCUCUGGAGUUCUGCGCAAGGAAAUCCAAAUGACAACGUACUGGAGAGGGCUCCCCAAGGUUGUCCACUCAACUCUCUCCAUACCCAACCAGAACAAGCCCGAUGGCUACGACUACUACGCCUUCUCUUACAAUCGGUACUACAGUUUGGAUAUUGGCAAAAGAAUAGCACGGCCUGUUACUGCUCUCACAGGAAAGACUGUAACCAAAGACUGGUACAACUGUCCCAGCAAGUGAUGUACAGCAGA